CUCGCUCUCGGCAAGGCUUUCGCUUUUCUCCGGCUCGCUUCGCCCGGGUCAGCUUCUCCGCUUUCCCAUGUCGGACGUGCUGGCCGCAGCCGUUGCCUCCCAGUUCGAAGCCUCUCUAGGAGGGGGGCCGCCAGGCGGAGACAGUUGCCUCAGCGGGGCUGACGGAGAAGAGGACAGCUGCCCACCGCCGCCUUCCUCAGAGAAUGAAGAUUCAACUAAGAGGUUAGAACCUGCAUCUUCAACAGCUGCCACUUCAGAGAAUGAUACCUCUCAGUGCAGGCUGCAAAAUGGAUCACAUGUGAAUGAGGAUGCUACAGAGGAUUUGGCAAGUGGUGAUGCUGAUCUGAAAGAGCAAGAUGUAGCAGGAAAGGAAGCCAACCAGUUCCAGCAACAAAAAGAGGAGGCUGUGGUGCAGAUGACAAAGUAUCCUGCCCCACAAGGACCAGGAGAUAUAGUCAUGAUACAGUCCGAAUACACAGGUGCAGUGGAUGUCCUUUCAGCAGAGCUGGAAACCACAGACUUGCUGGGUGAGCAGAAGAAAGCUCAGCCACCUCCUCUGAUUCCACCAACUACAUGGACAAGUGCCAAGAUAAGGGACUUCAAAACAAAGAUGGCGAAGGAGAAGAAUGCCUGCAUGGUAGUGAAACGGGGUGAAGUAGUAACUGUCCGGGUGCCAACUCAUCCUGAUGGGAAGCGUGUAUGCUGGGAAUUUGCCACAGAAGAUUAUGACAUUGGCUUUGGAGUCUAUUUUGAUUGGACUCCUGUUACUAGUACUGCCAUUACUGUACAAGUCAGUGAAUCAAGUGAUGAAGAUGAUGAUGAAGAAGAUGAGUUUGAAGGGCCUAUUCCUGUUGGUGAUGUGGAAAGGGGCUCCAAAAGCUAUUUGCGAAAUCGCUAUGGAGAGAUCAUGCCUGUCUACCGUCGAGACAGUCACCGGGAAGUGCAAGUAGGCAGCCACGAUUAUCCAGGAGAAGGCAUCUACUUGCUCAAAUUUGACAAUUCUUACUCCCUUCUGCGAAACAAGACUCUUUUCUUCCACGUUUAUUAUACCAGUUAAAGAAGUUAGUAGUGAGUGUGACCAAAGGUUCCAAAAUAGGGAAAGCAAGUUGCCUGCCAAGACUAAUGUGUCUUAACAGGCACCACCUGAUGGCUGAAUCGGAUACUCACCUCUGUGCUUAUGUGCAGAUGACCUCUUUCUGCUCUGCCUCACUGCUAUAGUGGUUCAGCUGAUCACUGGAAACUGGUUUGUUUUAGGCAAACAACAAGCAAGUCACUGGAUAACCAGUUCAGGUGUCUGCUUUUUCAUUCUAUUGCACUUAUAUAAACUGAAACUGAAGUAUGCCUUUUUGAGGGGUGUGGGGACAGAAGGGAAACACUGUCAUCUUCUGUUGUGCUAACUGCAAAUAGAUCCCUGGAAACAAUGGCUAAGCCAGCCUGUGGAACUCUGUCUAGAAUGGUGAUGUUGCUGUGCUGCUGUACACUGCUGUUCACUUGGUCUGUGGGAAUCUUGUGAGAUGGAACAUGCACAUGACAUCUCAGUCACUGGCAACCAGUCUUCUCUCCCCUUUUGUACAGUGUUGUUUCUCCAGCAACUCUAGCAUAUUUGUUGCACACCACAGCUGGUGUGCAGUGGCUGCUAUACAUGUGUAUUCUACAGGUUGACUGAAAAGAGUCUGUGUGCUCUAAAUAAGGGAGCAAAGCCACUAUGGAAGUCAGAAUAAUAAACCAGAACAUUCUGAUUAAGAAAAUGGUUAGGAAAAUUGUCAGUAGCAAAGCACCCCUCCCCCCAUCUUAUGGCUUAAUAUGCUUAUUCUUUCAAUUGGCUUGUCCUAUGAAUACAAUAUAGGUUAACGUAAGAGUGUCAAAUUCAGUUGAACUGGAGUGCCAAAUUCUUCAAGUUGAUGUCCAGAGGCUACACCUUUUAGCCAAAACCUCCCUCUUUAGUCAAAACUCCUCGCUUUACUAUAAUUUGACACCAAAUCACAAUCCAUUUCACCUUGAUUGAAUAUAAUUUUAAUGAAAUUCAGAGAAAUUGAUUUUCAUGAAAUUAAUCAGUUACACUAAAAUUGAGAAGAGGUGGUUUCUGAUAUUUAUAGCUUGAAUACAAUAAAAGUUAUGCUUUACCCCCUUUCCCCAUGCAGUACUCUUGGAUUCCAAGAACAAGCAUUCUCAGUCACAAGAUUGUUACGUAGGGGAAUAUGAGCACUCCAUACCUGCUUCAGUGAAGGCCUUGCAAGACAGCACCGGUGACAGAGCAUGAUGUUGAUGCAUGCAAUAGCAACCCUUGUUCUGUUGUAGGCACUGGUUUCUUUUGCCUAAUUUGUGUGGAAUGUGAUAUUGUGCCCUUUAAAGAAUCUGAUAGGGUCUCCUGGCCUUAUGUUUGUCAUGCUUAGUUUAAGAUCUCAGAUCUUUAAUCAUUUUUAAAACCCAAUUUCUUUCCAUCUCUGUGUAGUUGUUCAGACGUCAAAAGCCAGUGCCCAACAUAGCAAAAACAACACACCUUCCUGUUGCAUUUCAGAAAAUGGCAGUGAAAUUACCUGUCUUUCAAAUCUCAGGUCUUAUUGGGGGGGGGGCAAAGUGUUUGGAUAAGGAUAUUUUCUUUUCCUCUUUUUCUUUUUUUUAAACUGUAAAGUCUUGUUCUCAUAGUAGGUAGAAGAGCAUUUGUUAGCCUUCAGGCUGCCCCCUCCUAUCUAAGUGGCAGGACCACUUUUUAAUUGCCUUCUGGAUAGGGGAAUUGCCUUCCUAUUAUGGAGAACUCAUAAAUCUCAUCAAGAGAGAGAGAAACAACACAUCCCCAACAUUCAAAUGGAGAAAAAGCAACCUGGUCAAUUUUGAAUUGUAACCAGUACAAACUACAGAAAGGUAAAGAGAAUUUGUAGAAGACACUGCGUGAGGGAUAGCAUUUCCUCACAUGUUACUAGUAUGCAGAAGAACAAACUGAAACCACCUGGUAAUGAAAUGACUUUCUGCCCAUUCAAGAAACAAAAAUAUGGGAAUUUUAUUUUCUAAUCAGAAUUGUUAGCUUUCUUCCCUGAGAGUUGGGCUAAGUAUGGUGACAGGGUGCUUUUUGUGUCUUGAUUGCUCCCUUCCCCACAAAAAAAAGUCUCUAGUGGAAAGGAAGUGACAGGAGACAGCUCCAACUAACUUAGGUCUGGGCCAACUGCUUUGUCUCUUGUCUUCUGCACUCACUUGGAGAGAGGAAGGAGGUGGCUCCUAACAGCUUGACAAGUACCAUGUUUGGGCCUGAGUAAUGAAGGGUUCAAGAUCUCUACCAUAUCUAAGAUGAGCUGAGAGGGAAGAAGAGACAGGCAAAAAUCUAAAGAGGAAAAAGAGAUAUGCAAUUAAAGGCUGAGCUUCUUGGCAUUUCAGCUAGAACCCUCUUUUCCUGGUUGCUGAGCUGCGAACUAGAUAGGGCAAUCUUGGAGUAGGAAGGCAAACCUCCCUCGUUUGCAAUCAAAUGAGAAGGGUCCUUCUGAAAACUAACAAAUACUCUGCCUACUGGGUAAAACAUGUUUGUUUAGCAGAGGAUUGGUAAAUAUUUAUGAAGAUUUCAGGUUCAAAAUGUGAUUAUGCUUUUUUUAUAAAGCAUUUGUUAUUUGUGAUGUUUGUUGAAUGUGUAUAUGUGUUUCUUAGCAUGAUUGUAGCUAAUACUCAUAGUACCCUUCCUGGGGAAUGCUUUUGAUGUGAAUACACCUAUCUUUUGCUGGAGCAGAUUUAGCAAGGGAAGGUAUAAAACCAAAGAAUUUACCUUCAAAG